AUGGGAAGGGUAAAGCUGAAGAUACAGAGACUCGAAAGCCUUAGUAGCCGGCAGGUUACUUACGGCAAAAGACGAGCCGGGAUCUUGAAAAAAGCCCAAGAGAUUUCGGUUUUGUGUGACAUUGAUAUUAUCCUCAUUAUGUUUUCUCCUACCGGCAAACCUUCGAUUUUUCGCGGAGAACGAAGCAACAUUGAUGAAAUGAUUGCGAAAUACGCUCAGCUUACACCAAAAGAACGCGCGAAAAGAAGGUUGGAGAGUCUUGAGACUUUGAAGAGGAACUUCAAGAAGCUCGACCAAGAUGUGGAUAUCGAAGAGUUUCUUGAUGCAAGUUCUCCAUCGAUUGAGGAAAUGCACAACCGAGUACGAAUGCUGAAAAACCAAAUCGGCAAAGUACACGAAAGAGUCAACUGGUGGAUUAAUCCAGACAAAAUCGAAGACAUCGAGCAUCUUAAUCAGAUGGAAAACUCGCUUAGCGAGACACUUAACAGGACUCGCAUGCUUAAGGUACUUUAUUUCGAGACAGUUUACAAGCCGGUAAUUAACGAGUUCCAAAACGAACUACAUUUUCCAUUACCAACAACAAGCAGUGAUCGGCAUAUUAUACUCCCGAACGAAUCACAUUUCUUGCCUAAUCAAGAUGUGGAGUGCUCGAAAGAGGCGCAUUUUUCAGCCGGACAAGGAUACUUUGAAGAGGUAAAAGAACACGAUUUCGCAAGCACACGACAAGAAGGAAUUACUGUCGAUGAUUAUACGUGUACGGCUCAGUUAAGACUUCCACUCGGAGAACAAUUUACUUACCACUCGUUCGGAAAUUUAAGCUUCCCAGACUUGACGGAUCCCGUGAAGGAGGAGAAUUUCCAGCCGAGUCUUAUCGACUAUCAGUUGAACGGAAGCUUUGACCUCCCGAGACCGGUUUACAACAACUUCUCGAAUAAUUUGGUUCCAACCUCUGGUUCUUGCGCGAUUUCUAUGCUAAACGAGCACGCUUAUCCACAUCCACCAAAUUAG